CAUUGCAUGUGAUAAAAAGAAAACGUGGUAGACCGAAAGGUUCCACAAAAAAGCCUAUCUCUGAGGAAGAAACAUCGGAGAGUGGAAGCGUUGCACCCGUAGAAAACAAGCUGCAUGUGGAAGGAGCUCAGGUCCUGUCAGAACCAGAGCCUGAAAUUUUGGAAUGCCGGAAGUGCAAUAGAACAUUUUCCAAUGUUAGGCAGCUGAAAAAACACAUUUGCAUUAUUGUUUUAAAUGAAGACGAAGAAGUCACUCAAGGUGAGUUUGAGAAAAGGAGAGUUUUAUCAUUUCAAAGUCAUAUCAAGAACUGUUUAAAUUGAUCGAUCUUUAAUUUAUAACCUGUAUUGCUUUAGUCUAAUAGGUAUCUUAAAUUCAUUGUAUCAGGGAUAGGCAACCUUCGGCACUCCCUAUGUUGUGGACUACAUCCCCCAUGUACACCCAUAAUACUGACAAAGCAUCAUGGGAGGUGUAGUCCAAAACAUCUGGAGUGCCGAAGGUUGCUUAUGCCUGAAUUAUAUGGAUGAUGCACUCAGGGCUGGCGUGUCCUAUAGGCCGAUUAGGCGGCUGCCUAGGGCACUACUUAAAGGGGGGCGCCAGCUGCAACUUUACUGCUGGUUUGGGCCACCCCUAUGUGUAUGGCCUGCCACAGCUGAUGGCACAGGGUGCUAGGGAGCACUUACAUGGCUCCAGACUAGCGCCGAUGCCAUCAUCCUCAGACAGCCAGUAUCACAGAGCCGCCCCACCUACACACCUCUUAUGCCGCAGCCCACGGGCGCAUCGUAUAGUCACUCCGCCCCUUCCCAUGCACUCGGGGUCAUGUGGGUUGGGAGUACAGCGGGGGCAGAGUUUAAAGAGAAUGAAGGCAGCCAGGCCUUAUUAAAUAGAGGCAAGUGGGGGACUUCAUGGUGUGUGUGUGUCUGUGUGUGUCAGCCUGUUUCAGUCAGUGUGUGUGUGUAUGCUUGGAUCAGUGUGUGUCUGCUUGAGUCAGUGUGUGUGUCUGCUUGUGUCAGUGUGUAUGUGUGUAUGUGCUUGGGUUAGUGUGUGUGGCUGCUUGGGUCAAUGUGUGUGUCUAGAACAGAGUGUGUGUGUGUGUCUGCUUGGGUCAGUGUGUGUGUCUGCUUGGGUCAGUGUGUGUAUCUGCUUGGGUGUGUGUGUGUCUGGGUCAGUGUGUGUCUGCUUGGGUAAAGUGUGCAUGUCUGCUUGGGUCUUUGUGUGUGUGUCUGUUUGUGUGUGUGUAUGCAUGUGUCAGUGUGUGUGUGUGUGUAUCAGUCUGCAUCAGUCAGUGUGUGUGUGUGUGUAUGCUUGGACCAGUGUAUGCUUGGACCAGUGUAUGUGUGUGUAUGCCAGUCUACAUGAGUUAAUGUAUGUCUGCUUGAGUCAGUGUGUGUGUGUCACUCAGGGUAAGUCACUGAAUUUGUGUGUGCUUUGUUCACUGAUUGUAAUUGUGUGUGUGUGUGUGUGUGUGUGUGUGUGUGCAUCUAUCAGUGAUUGCAUUUGGGCAAAAAGGAUAAUUUUAAUUUAAAAAAAAUAAAUACUUUUAAAGGAACACUAUAGUGUUAGGAAUCGAAACCUGUAUUCCGAAUACUAUAGUGUCUCGGUCCCUACAUAGAUUCAAGUUCCUCCCCCUAUAAAAAGUAUUUUUAAAAAAGGGUGGGGGGUUACUACAUUUAUCAAGCACUGCUUGCCUCCUUACCUCGCUCAGUGUCACUAAUGGAGCAUUGGGGACCUGAAGCGCAUAAUUGGCAAGCGCAUUGCACUUCCAACGCUUCUCAUAGUUAAACCUGGCAUUGUAGCGGAGGUGUCUCUAGUGGCUGUCAGUUGACAGCUACUAGAGUCUUGUUUAAACAUUCAAGGUAAGGCAAUGUUUUAUCUUGUGGGAUUAAACCUACAUGACCACUGUGGAGCGAAUGGGGCAGCAAUUUUUUUUUUUGCCUAGGGUGGCAAAAAUCCUCGCACCGGAUCAUGCACUGAUAAUAAUGAAAAUAAAAAGAUACCCAUAUUUCUGCUGUCGCUGGAGAUAAAUAAUCAAGCAUCGACAGGAUUGUUUUUUAAUAAACGUUGAGUCAAAAACUGAAAAAACUAAAUACGAUCAAAAGAAUGUUUCCAAAAAUGAUUGCUCUCCCCAGUUUGCCAACAUUGCACACAUUGCCUGCCCUUUAUGCUUACAGUUGGCAGAUUUGGUUGCCUAGUUGACAUAUACUCAUUUUGGGUACAUUGACUCCCUAUCAUACCCCCUCCCCCACUCUUGCCCUGAUUUCCCCCAUACCUAGUCCAUACCUUCUGAUUGGUAGGAUAAACAUCCCUUUGGGUCUGAGCAUGGUACAGGAUAAGGUUUUUUUUUUGUUUUGUUUUUAAAUGUGGUUAAUACUUUAGGUCAUUGUAUGAUUUUGUACAGUGUCUACCUAUGACUGUUCUACCUUUCAGAUCUAUUAUGUUCACUUGUGCCAUGUUUUUUUUAAAUUUUUUUAUUUAAGGAAAUGAUUUUGAGGGAAAAUUCAUCCUUUCUGAUUGUGAAAAAGAAAAGGAGAAACAACCAAAGAAAUCCAGAAUUCAGAAAACAGAUAAAACCUCACAGUCUAAAGAGCAGGAGAAGACGCAGGGUGCAGUCAACCCAAUUGUGCGAGUCCUGCUGACUGCACAUGAAGCAAUAGCAGGUAUGUAGGUUCUAUUGUCUGUGUCUUUUACAAUAAGAUAACAGUGCCAUAUACUGCCAGGGGAAAAGGUGGGUAAAAUAUAAAGAUUGUUUAACGAUUCUUACUGGGAACAAUGUUGAGUAAUUAGAAGGUUUGUUUCUUGGUGGAAGAUGUCCUGUUUGAUCAUUUCUGGAUGUGCGUGGUUGGUCAUUAUCCACCUCUCUACUUGAAAAGUUCUGCACAUUAAGGACGGACAGCAUUUCGAUUAAAUGAGCUAAUAAUCAUAUCUCUAAGGGUAUUCUAUAUUUGGUUAUUUAUCCAAAAGUAAUAGCACAAAGAUAUAAUUUACAAAGGGCACAGCCCAUACUUGGAGAAUAGCUUUCUACACAGAACCUUUAUGUAUUCAUUACCGAUUUCAAGCCAAUCCAAUGCAUUCUGGAAGGGAAAGCCUUGGAUUGGCUGAAAUCAGCAAGAGGGCGGUAUGGGGGCAGGACCAAACCCUGUUUUGGCCAAUCAGCACCUCCUCAUAGAGAAGCAUUAAAUCAAUGGUGUGGAUAAGCUGAAUGGCAGUGCUGCCUACUGUGCAGCACUGCCCCAGGAAGCACCUCCAGCGGCCAUCUGAGGAGUGGCCACUAGAGGUGUCCCUAGGGAAAAAUGUAAACACUGUCUUUUCUCUGAAAAGGCAGUGUUUGCAUGAAAAUGCCUGAAGGUAAUGAUAAUGCUCACCAGAACAACUACAUUAGGUUGUAGUUGUUUUGGUGACUAUAGUGUCGCUUUAACUGCUUAUUAUUUGUCUCUAUUAAUGAAUGAUUCCGCUUUCUGUCAAUUGGUGCAUGGUUACUGGCUAUUUAUGCGUUAUUCAGCUUAAUCUCGCCUGUACACAAAUAACGCAUGCAUGGCUUGAAAACACAAUUUUGAUAAAUGCAUGAAAUGAUGCUACAUCUGUUUAAAUGCGAGAUCACCACCCAUCUUCUAAUCUAUGUAAAUGAUUGGUUAUUUUACAAACUGCAUCUCUGACUCCUUAAUGCUGGAUCAGACAUAUGUAACAAGCUUUUUUUUUUCCAGACAAGCAGCUGUUUUAACAUAAAUGACACGUUAAACACACAUUUCCAUUAUCAUAUAUUUAGCAUAUGUAGACGCUUCUCUGUUUUCCCCAGAUGUGCUGCUGUUACAACUUACAAAGCUUUACACUACAAAUCCGUCAACUCCUAAUUGCACUUUGUCUGAAACAAGAGGAAAAAUUAGAAAGUUAUAUCAACACCAUUAUUCAAUGCAACUUUUUGGAGCAGUUUAA